AUGCCGUCAGCUGCUGGUCCUCGGAUGUAUGAGAACCAUAUCCCUUCCUUUAUGUCAGUCUAUGACAUGGAUACGAGCGCGGUGGAAAGCCCUGGGGUAGAACCUCCUACGAAAACCGCUGCACCAGAAUACAUUAAUCAACUCCCACACCGGCCCCUCCAGAAUCAGCAACCACCCGAAAACAAAAAAUCACAAACGCAAAUACAUUCACAUCAACACCGGAAUAGCACAUCAUCUACUCAGGCAUCUGACUCAACCGACUCAUCACCAACCACCACCAUAUCCACUGUCGAUUCGUCCUCAUUAUCAGAUCCCUCGCCGAGCUCCUCCCCUGAAUCCCCCAUCACGCUCGUACCGCUGUCUUCGUUCUCGGGGUCGUUUGGUAUGGAUUCGUUUCAGAGUCUGAAUAUGGCCGACACAAACCCAGUACGAUUACCGCUGAGCAAUGAGCGGCCUAUGACAUCACCUGCACCGCGGAAACCCAAAAAUCCUAAGAGUCUUGCCCUCAAUCUUGAUUCUAAUAUCGGGGGGUUUGCAUCCUCCGAGCUCUCGUCGCCCUCUUUUAUUAAACCACCAACGUUGAAGGGGAGGAAAAAGCCGAGCUUACUGAGUCUAAAUACGGGUGCGGCAAACAGUCCAACUCUAUCUAUAGACACGCUUGGAUCACCUGGAGUUCCAACGAUGCUACAGCGCAGGGCCUUGAAGCAUUCCAUCUCAACCCCGCAAAUGUUAGUCACACCCGGCUUUGGCCCCUGCGGCGGUAUGACGUUUGGGGACAGGAAUCCCCCGAGAUUGGUUGGCGCUUCUAGACUGAAAGAAUCGAAUCUGGCCACGAACACUUUCACUAUUGAUGAAACCGAUCAGGAACCCCCUUCUGGAACUCAGAUGGCCACGAGAAUACCCGGCGUUCCUGUUGGAGGUGACACAUUCGACCGACUGCACUCAGGCGAAGACGCAAAAUCCCCCUCAUAUCCAGAGGGCCCGAUCCUCAUGCAUGAGCCGAGUGUUCACUUAUAUCUGGAGCCGAAACUGGAAGAGGCUAUGAAAUUUGACGUCGUCAUCAACGUAGCCAGGGAGGUGAAGAACCCUUUCAAAGAGAUGAUGGAGGCGCGGGAUGCGAAAGAGAGCGCUGCAACAGCUGCUUCAGCCUCCAAGACUACCGCUUCAGAAUCCCGUGAUACACCCCCCGAUACUGCAGCUUCAAUGUUGUCGUUUCACACAGCAUAUGAAGUGCAGCCAUCUUCAUCAGAAUCAUCGCCAACAACCCCGAAAGCUGCCCCCGAGGGGAAAAUCCCCGAGUACAUCCACGUGCCAUGGGACCACAAUACGGACGUGAAGGAUGAAUUAUGGGACCUGUGUCAGACAAUCGAGGCGAGAGUGAAGGAAGGAAAGAAGGUUCUCGUACAUUGCCAGCAAGGUGCCAGUCGAUCGGCGACGCUGAUCAUAGCGUAUGGGAUGUAUAUCAACCAAGAUCUGGGGGCGAACGAAGCGUACUCUCGCGCGCAAGCCAAGUCCCGAUGGGUAAAUCCGAACAUGUCACUCCUCUUCUCCCUCAAUGAUUUCAAGAAGGUUAUUGAAUCGAAGAAGGAAGAAAAGAGAAAGGCGGAGAAGAUCAACGCUACUCGACAGGUCAAGCACAGAUCGGCAAUGUUGGCAGAGACCCCCGACCCUCCGGCGCCAACACGGGCUAGAGGCAAUUCUACCCCGACCUCUGCAACCCGGGAUAAGGCCUUGAGGACAAGUGAAGAGGCGAAGGAGACGGCUUCUAUGAGUGACGCGACUAUAAGACGACUGGCGGAUUUUGAUUUUGGGUUUGGCGAUUCCACUCGCAAAGAGGCUCAGAGUCGUGUCGAGCAUCCCCAACCUCCCUCUGUCGAAGCUCAGCCGCCGGUAGAGCCCGAGCCGCACAUCGAGCGUCUCCCAACCAAUUUUGAUUGGGAAUCCGAGUUGAUGUCUCCACGGGUGAGCGAAAUGACCGACAACCCCCUCCGGUCAUUCCCCGGGAACUACAGCUCAGGAUCCGACGGGCAAGCACCGAGCACCAUCUUCUCCUCCAGGCCCUGCGACUAUCCCCGAUCAUCCUUCUUCUCCACCGUCCACCACCCUCUCCCUACCGAGGACCCGCGGAGCCCGCCCACCCGCGGCGAAGUCCCCAUCACCCGAUCCAUCGACGACUUCCUCUGA